AUGCACCCACUUUGCCGCCGUGCCCUGAGACCACAGGCCAUCUGGCCUCAGCGCUUUUAUGCUACGGCUGCCCAACAAGUUGAAACCAAUGGACCCUCUGUUUCUAAGAACGAAGGAGGGAGCUCCACACAAACUCCUGAGGAACAGCGAGCCCGUGUCAAAGAAAUUGUUGCACGCCGACGAGCCGAGCGUCUAGCCCGCGAGCAAAACCAAACGACAGUCAAGAAGUCUCCGUCGGCCUCACCAAAGCCUACUGUGACAACCGGGGACGCACAACCUCAACGCUCACUCGAAGAGCGACUGCAACAAGUCCGUGCUCGAUUGCGGAGUAUCGACACCGAGGGGCCGGGACCCAGAAAAUCCGACGACAAGUCUGCUGGCAAGCCUCGACGAAAAGGUGACAGAAAAUCGUCUGCUCCGGAGAAACGUCCACAGCAAUCUUCCCAGAGAGGCGCGGACAUCUUUGACAAGUUCAAGGGAGGCAGGGACUUGUCUCACCUCCCAACCGAAGUCGAAUCACCCUCUCACCUUGGUCCCGAGAGCGAUAUUUCCAAGGACCUGAGCGAGAUCCUUCCACCGUUUAGGUCUCGUCAACAAGACAUCCAGUCGGAUAUUCGACGCAAGGGCGAUUACUCCAUUUACCUCCAAGCCGACCCGAAGGCCUACAGUACCCCCUUCGACAAACUUCCUAUUGCCAGCCAGGUGCAACUUGUCGUCGGAAACAACAGAGGCGUCCCUCCAUCCUACAAAGGUCGCGUAUCUACUCUCCUUGGAGGUAUCGCAGAGAACUCUCAACGUAAGCAAUAG